AGGAAUUGCUUUCACAGCUCAAUGAGAAUCCUCCGAUUACCCGAAUCGGAGGAAGUGAAAGAGCAAAGGUUGUUCUCCGGUACGUGACAGAAUGUCGCCACGAUAUUGGCGAACCGACUGACGCAUGCGUCGCCGACGAUUCGCCGCAAUUUUGGAAUCUUGUCAACAAACAUCUCACUGUGCGCCCUUAACUCCUAACCCGAACUAGCCUUUCGCACGCUCGCAACUCUGUUUUUUUCCACGUCGUGGCGUGAUCGUCUACCGUCUACGAUAUUCAUCUGGUUGAAACGUUUAGUCGACAGGAAUCUAGUGGAGAGAUAAUAUCGAUGGAGUAUACGUACGUCUGCGCGAAGGGGAUGAACGUUGUUUUCAAAGUGUAAUCGUGUACAGUGAAUAAUAUCUUAUUAAAAGUGAUUUUCUGAGAUGCAUUCAUUUGUGUAGAGUGUAAGAGAAUCUGUAACUCUGUUUAUAUUGAUUUAGAGAAAGUUUGAAUCGUCGAUGAGUUGAAAAUAAUUUAAAGAGCUGCGUAUACACGUGAUACAAGAUGGAUGAGAUAGAAGCUGAAACCGAUCGGUCGAUCGCUGCCACGCUUUCCAAAAGUAUUGGCUUCCAACGUAUCGAGGUCAUUCUCGACCACCCUCAGAAGGUCUGUUACAGCGGAAAUCAGAUUUCAGGGAACGUACGCUUAGAUCUGGAUGAACCAACAAGUGCUUUAGGAAUUAGACUUAAAUGCAAGGGAGAAGCUCAGGUGUAUUUUACCGAUCGAUCGGCUGGAAUUCGACGUAAGUUCUCGGCGUUCGAGAAUUAUCUUCACGUGGAGACGUAUCUUGCUGGCGAUGGCAAAGAAAAGACUAUGAUAACUGGAGGCGUCUACCCGUUCAGCCUAACGUUACCGGAGAACUUGCCGUGCAGCUUCGAGGGCCGAUACGGACGAGUACGGUACUCGAUUAGGGCAUUGUUGGACGUAACGACCAUUUAUCGGUUUUCCACCAAUAUUAUUCCAUUCACGGUGGCACCCAUUCUUGACCUUAAUCGCGAUCCUCUCGCUCCCUUGCCAAUAAGUAUCAAACAAUCCAAGAUGUAUAUUGGCCAAACGGAACCGAUCAGCAUGUCCAUGACUGUUCCAGUUCGUGGUUACGUCCCUGGCCAGACUAUACCGAUUAAGAUUGUCGUGGCGAAUCCCACCACCGUCGUCGUUACGAAAAUCAGAGUGGUUUUUAAAAAAGUGGUGUCUUAUCGUUCGACGGAAAAGUCGCGUAAGCACAAAGAAAUCGUAGUAGAAGUAGAACAGCCCGUUAAUAAAGACUCCGAUACGUACGAUGUCACGUUUGACGUUCCUGCAGUACCACCCACCGGGAUGAUCCACUGCAACAUCAUCGACGUUCUGUACACGCUUAAAGUCGAGGCCUGCGUAGACGUGAGCGAGUGGUACUACAGAAUGUUUCAGAAGAACUUGAAACUGCGAACAAAUAUAGUAGUCGGCACUGUGCCACUUCAAAAUUACGAAAUCCCACAAAAAACAGCCGACGUGACGGAAGCUUUUUCAUUUCAUCCCCCGUGUACUAUGGCUACGGAAGAAUACGCCAACGACACGCCGCCGUUGAAAAACAUCGAGAGAGAGGAAACUGCGAAACCAAGUUUGUCUUUGCCGCUGUACGAGAAAAGUCAAAUAUAUCGAUCCUCGAAACCGGACAGGGACGAUCCCACGGGAGACGAUGGUGACAGCGACGGAGAGGUCAAGCCAUACUCGCCUAUGUAUCGCGUGUACACGUUCGAAUCAUCGCAGAAGAAGGACCGUUAGAUAAGUGCUUGACUUCGUAACUAGAAAAAGAGAGGAAGAGGGAGAAGCUUGCUUAAUUAUUCGUUCAAGGAUUCGCUGUUCGUUAGCGGUGUCCGCAACGGAUCGCUCAAGAUGAAGAAGAAAAUUGUGAUGCAUCGUUGAAAGUAAAAAAUAAUUGUUCUUUCCAGAAAUUGUAUACAUUUUAACCGAGGCGUGCACAAAAGUGUACGCGUGAAUUUUACGUCCAAUUCCGCGCUUUAUCGAUCGACCGAUUGCCUUCGAUUCUUGCCUUUGAUUUUUUAUUUCCUAUAUACGAAAGAAAAGAAGGGAAAAAUAGUAAAAAAAAAAAGCAUCAUUAGAAACAUCGAGUGAGAUAUGAAAAUCCGUUGGGACCAACCUGUGCAGCUAAUUAAAUUCCUUAAUCAUGCGAGAUAACUUGCGGGCAAAGUAAUUCUAUAAUAAUUGUCAGGCCGUGCAACAUCGAAUAUCGUCGAAACGAAGUUUACGAGACAACUAAACACGUAUUGCUUUAAUGUUCAAUGAAAACGUUCUCGAUGAAUUUCGUUGAAAAAUUAAUUGCCCGUCCUGUGUUCUUUCCCUCUCCCGAUAGAAAAACAUCAAGUGCAUUAAUAUGAAUUAAUUUCAUAUAAUGUAUUUUUUGAUAAUUCAAAAUUGUCUCAUGUUUGUUCCACCAACGUUCUAAAUUAAAUGGGUUGAUAGAAGCGUUGAGGAAGUGGUGUUUCUAAAGAGUCGCAUCAGCGAAAAGAAUCCUAUAUAUGAAAUGAAAAAUACGCAUUAAUUGUGCAACGAUAUUAAUAAACGUAUUUUAAAUAGUGAAAAUUUAAUCGAGUGCUUUAAAUAUAAAUCAACCAUAAAUGGUAAUAUGAAUAUUCAUAAUAACGAAAUACUCGGUGGAAUCAAUUUCAAUAUUAGCAAAUGCGGAAGGACUAACCGGUAAUAAAACGCAAAUUUGCUGUUAUUCUUA